GCUUGAUGGGAAUAGUAGUCAUAGAAUCUCCUGUAUUUCCUGGAAAGGAGACAACGAAAAGUCAUAAGAAGUUCUUGCUCGCCUCUAAAAAGUUGUUUACCUGACUUCAUCUACGGUGUAAAGCGAGAAAGGUUGAAACGAAAAACAGAAUGUCUCUGAUGGAGCACGGUGGUGGCGCCCACAACAGGCCGGUGACGGCAGUGGCCUGGGCCUCCAACAGCAGCACCUGUCCCAAAGACUUCAACCUGAUCAGUAUAACUGAGGAUGGAGCUGCUGCAAACUUCACACGGAGCUUCGCCAUGAAGGCUGGCUACUACCUCUGCUACAGCAAGGACAUGUCAGGUGGUAUGGUAGUAUCAGAUGUCCAGGUGAUCUCAGACAAGGAGACUGUUCCUCAUGGGUACUGUUACAUACCUGAACACCUGGAGCCUAGGGCCUCCGUGUCUAAGAAGAAGCGUGUGUGUGUCCGCAUGGUGCCAGUGGGCGGUGUGGAGACUGCUGUACUGGACAUCAAACUGACUGCUAAGACUAGGAGGAUGCUGCAACACUACACCUGCUUGGGGGACAUGCAUGGCUAUGUGAUGUGGUGUAAGAAGGGGCCCUUCUCCAGCCCUCUACCCCAGGCAAAGCCUCGCAGCCUCAGCCUUGACCUCCGUCAGCUCUCCCUGGACCAGAACCCCCCUCCGCUACCCCUCAGACCCAGCAACGCUCCACCCAUGCCCCCUGGCAGGAAGCUCAGCCAUCGCCGCAGCAACCUCCAAUUGAACGAUGCUGUGGACAAAGUGGUUGACAGCAGCAACAUCUACGGCAUCUCAGCCAUAGAUGGUGUUCCCUUCACUCUACACCCCAAGUUCAAGACCCAAACGAACGGCACGACCCCAACAAACACUCUGAACAACAUUCGCAUCAAGUCUGUCCAGGACAUUGAAAAUGAGUACAACUACACUUUCACCGUGGAGGAAAACGCAGCCAAGAGAACCACAUCGCUCACCACAGGAAGCACCUCUUAAGCUCAAUGACCUUUCAUCUCCGACCUCAACAACGUCGGCCUGCUCGACCCACAACACUACGGAGGUCAAUGUGAUAUGCCUGGGUCAUGAAAUGAUAAUCAAUGUCCAAGUGCCUCGAAGAUGACUGACUAGAACAGAAGUGUCAUUCUACAUUCCAGAGUUCCAUUGGUUGUACCCACAUUCUACAUUCCAGAGUUCCAUUGGUUGUACCCACAUUCUACAUUCCAGAGUUCCAUUGGUUGUACCCACAUUCUACAUUCCAGAGUUCCAUUGGUUGUACCCACAUUCUACAUUCCAGAGUUCCAUUGGUUGUACCCACAUUCUACAUUCCAGAGUUCCAUUGGUUGUACCCACAUUCUACAUUCCAGAGUUCCAUUGGUUGUACCCACAUUCUUAUUCCGUGUUCUAAACUCUUGCACAUUUCAUUCUCACGCCCCGUAUAUGGGGCCAGUUAUAUAUGUUAGGGAUGACUCUUCCCCCGUAUAUGGGGCCAGUUAUAUAUAUUAGAGAUGACUCUUUGACGGGGAAGAGAGCGUUGUAUGGCAGGGCACGCUUGUUUCUCUCGUUAGAAUAAUGACAGGAACCUGUUGCGGUGUACCUGUUAACGUCAGGCUAUUGAUCUUCAUCUUUAUUGGGAUGUUUAGGGACCAAACUAAAUGUUGUUACACUUUCAAUGUAAAUAAUGUUACUAUUAUGUCUCUGUGGUGAAACAUGGGUCAUUUCAUGGUUAAAAAAUAUAUAAUAAGGAAGUAUGGUUACCGGUCACUGGUUAUAUCUGUAUAUUGUGCCUUGCAUGCAAGUAAAAACAAAUAAAAUACCAAAUAGUU